AUGCGCCCUUCGCGAUGGAACCGCUCGCGGCGCGCGGCCUUCGGCGGAUUCCUACCAUCCAGGGGUCCACGGCUAUGUCUCCAGCAGUCCCAGGGCCAAAGCGUUGCUUUGGGAACUGCUGUGAAGCCCUUUCCGGCUCUCCUCUUCCAUCUGGAGCGGGAUCUGCGACCCUCAGCAGAUCAGCAGGACAAAGCACAGAAGCUGGCGAGUAUGGUGCGAUCCGUCUGUGAGCAGCUUGAUGGCGAGACCCACUGCUACGGAUCGUGUAGCAACGGGACCUUCAUGCAAGGAUCUGAUGUUGAUCUCACGUGGCUGUGUGACCAAAACAAAGUGGCCAAAAGAGGCCUUGUCUCACAGGAGCUUCGGGCGCCGACCGAUGCGAAGCCUGGUCCGGGGAACGCUGCAAGUUCUGGACUGCGCAAGGCAGCCCCUGCUCAGCAAAUGCUUCUGGAGCUGGAAGCUCUCGUGCCACCACCGCCGCCAAAUGCAGUCCAACUGCCCCCGACACCAUCGGCCUUGGAGCAUCAAGCUCUGAUUCCGCCAACCCGAGCGCGGAGGAGACCCAGUCCUCCCAAACCUCGCCCAGCUUCAGCACCUUCCACACCAGAGACAACGACAGUUGCAGCCCAGCCAGAGUCAGAGCCCUUUCCAGCUCCACCGGAAGAAACAUCAGAUCCAGAGGCUUCGCCGGAGGUCUCUGAGUCCCGGGCCCAGGCCCAGGACUUGCAGCCGCUCAGCGGCCUCAGCGGCCUGCCAAUGCCACCGCCGCCUCCCGUUGUCGCCGUCUCUCCGCCAGAAGAGCCGAGGGACAGCAUCUCUGCACGCCUUGUCCAGUUUCGGGCGCUGCGGCUGUUGAGGGCGAAGGCUGAGCGAUUCACUUUCGAGGGUGUGGAGCCAUUCGCCUGCAUCCAGGUCGGAUUUCCCCUGGGUCUUGUGAUCAUGAUUGAAUGUCUGCCUGCCCAGGUGGUGCGGCUCCUGAAGCACUGGGCCCGCCGGCGGCAGCUGGGCGACCGAGCCAAAGGCGGAUUCAGCACCUACACUCUGGUCCUGAUGGCCGUAAAGGUGCUACAGGAAAGCAAAGCUUGCAAGCUGCCUGCGCAUUCAGUUCAAGAGCUUGUACUGAAAGUGCAGGAGGACUCUUCACCAGAGCCGCUGCAGAUUUGGAUGCAGGCCAAGAAAGACAAGCUCUGCACUCCCAAAAUGCUGGAAAAGACGUUCGUGGCAUUUUUUGAUUACUUCGCGCAGCCAGCCUGGAGCUCCGGCGGAAUCGUUCGGGUGGCUCCGGCAGCUGCCUCCGAACAGGAUAAGGAAUCGGACUGCAGCCCGCAGGCACCCCCUCCUCCGCCUCUGGAGGUCCUCCGAGUGGUUUGCCCGCUGACCCAAAUCGACGUGCAGAGGAGCAAAGCCCAAGAGUGGCAGCACAUGGCGAAGGAGAUUUCCCGCGCAAGCCAAAUUCUAAGGAAUCUGCAACUGGACAGCCAGCUACGGCUGGAUGAGCUGUUCAAGGAACCGCAAGAGCCGCCCUCGGCGCCGGAGUCGCCCCCUGAGUCGACACCGGAGCCUGUGGAUGUGCUUCCCGGGCGCAUUACAGAAGAGGAUGCCGAAGAGGGGGCUGCCGCUGACAGCACAGAGUCUGUCAUGCAAUACGGCGCUGCAGACAGCUUUCGGGAGGGGAAAGCCCAAAACGGCAGCAAUUGCCAGGCCAUGGCCAGUGCUGCAGUACGAGUCACCGGCAAGGAUGUUGUGACCGAGCAGGACUUGUGCAGCACUGACAGCGGGACUAGCUCCUUGGACUCUGUCAAGAAGCUGCCCGCAGAGCGCGUCAACAUAAAUAGAGGGAAGCCCGGAAGUGAGCUCGCAAUGCAUCAGCGGUCUAUUUCGCGUGACUCGGAGGAUCCGCUGGCCGAGAUCGGUGUGUUCAGCCUCCUGCGCCAGAGCGAAAAUGCACCCCAGUAUUUGCUGGAGAUGCUGUCCGCAUUUCAAGUUAGCGAGGAGAUCUGGCUAGUCCUCGAGAACGCAGAUGGCGGUGAUCUUUUCGGUGUGGUGUCCUCCCGGCGAAUGUCCACCGGACAGAUCAUGCUUUGGGCCUGGCAGCUGCUCCAAGCUGUGAAGUUUCUACAUUUGCACGGCAUCAGCCACCGUGAUAUCUCCUUGGAGAACGUGCUGCUAAGCGGUGGAGAUGUUCGGCUCAUGGACUUCGGGCAAGCAGUGCAGACACACCUGGAAACAGGCGAGCUUUGUCGAUACUUUGUUCCGGCGGGGAAGCCUUACUAUCGGCCACCAGAGGCCUACAUCCCAAAUCAAGGAACGCUGGCAGUAAUUUCGCCUGCCAGUUCUCGAGCGGGACAGGUUGCUUUGGCGCUGACCUCGGCGCAGGACUUCCUGUGUCAUGUGCGCCUGUUGGAAGCGGCUGAGCCUGGACAGCUUUGUGCAGCAGAGCCCUGGGGAUACACAGCUCCGCCAAUCGACAUUUUUGCAUGUGCCGUCUGCAUCACCAUUAUGUUCCUUGCAGGGCCGCCCUGGCGACAGGCACGGCCCACAGACAAGUAUUUCCAGUGGGUCCAAAGCAACGGUCUUGGGGCCUUGGCCACUUCCUGGAAGAAGGCAGUGCCAUCGUCAGCUUCAGAGUUGCUGGGCCAGAUGAUGCAAACGGACCCUGAACGACGACCCGCUAUAGAGGGCUGCCUCGCUCAUGCCUGGUUUGGGCCGCUUCGAUCGGCGCCAGUGGCCCUCCGUGAUAGCACCGGGUUCGGCAAAGCGAGUCCUGCGUCCCCACGCCUGGCCGGGGACUGCUACCGCGAACAGGAGUGGGUGUGCCGAUCUCUUCCAAGCCUGUCCGUGGCACCAGAAGUGUUGGAGGCAUGCGCUUCGUCCGUCGGCCCAGAGUUUGACGUCCUGGGCGAUCCUUACCGAGACAUUCAGCCAUGGAGCGCGGAGUUGCAUCUGCCAACUCAAGCCGAUGCAGAGAUCGCUGGACUCCUUUGUGACGCACCACCGCCUCUGCCCCUGGUGCGGGAAGACAGGACUGAAAUCAGAAAGAUUGAGGCGGAGGUUGGCCGGGUCUUGCAAGUCGCGUCGGCCUCGCCUGGUAAAGCUGACUGCAGGCCUGCCGACGUCGCCGACGACCAGGACAUGCCGAGAUCCUCUGCAAUGGAGACCAAGCUGGCUUCUGCAAUGCCUUCUUUGCCUCCACUUGGACGCAGCAGAUCCGAAGCCUCGGCCUCCCCGCGCUGCCUCGCCGGGUCACCAGCCCAAGCGCUGCGCGCGCUGCGGAAGACCAGCUCGGGUGCACCGGAGAGUUCGUCAGAUCACAAAUAUAAUGGUGGUGACGUGAGAUGA